AUAUUAUACGCAUUUCAUUUCAUCAUCUAUAUUUCAUUAAUUGUGAUUUAUUUAUUUAUUUAUUUUUGCCUUAUAAAUAAGGAACUUAAAAUGAAGUACAACCACAAAGCUAUCUAAUGCCUGAAAACCUGGCUCUAACCAUGUAUAAUUCACCUUUGAUUUUUCUGCAACUUAACUUGGCAUGGGUUCUUCUAGUAGCAUCUUUUGCUGCUGCUCAAUUCAUGCCUGGUUGCCUAGAUUAUUGUGGUAACAUCAGUAUCCCAUACCCAUUUGGAACUAGUAAAAAAUGCUACAUAGAAGAAAAUUUUCUGGUUACUUGUAACGACAUCCACUACCACCCUCCCAAGCUGUUUCUAACAGACAGUACCAUAGAGAUCAUGGACAUAUAUCUUUCUGGUCAGUUGCGCAUAUCAUCCGACGUAGCACAUGAUUGCUUCGGUGAAGGGGGUGUUUGGGAAGACUAUUACGACCAAUGGAUCAGAUUGGCCAAAUUCCCCAUCUCAAAUACCCGAAACAAGUUCACGGCUGUUGGGUGCGACUCCUAUGCAGUUAUCUCAGGCUCCCAGGGACGAAAGUAUGACACGGGGUGCUUGUCACUAUGCAACAACAUCACCAAUGUGAUCAACGGCUCUUGCUCUGGCAUUGGCUGCUGUCAGACGAGUAUCCCCAAGGGAGUGAGGAGUUUCAACAUCAGCGUCAGAAGCUAUGACAAACAUACCCUUGUAUGGAACUUUAAUCCGUGCAGCUACGCUUUCGUAGCUGAGGAAGCUGCUUACAACUUCUCUUCUUUAGAUCUUGCAAACUUACAGAACAGAACAAAGUUUCCCGUGGUGCUUGAUUGGUCUGUAGGGGACCAAACAUGUGCUGAAGCCAAAAACAAUCUAACAAGUUUUGCUUGCAAGGCCAAUAGCGACUGUCAUGACUUUGACAAUGGUCCUGGGUAUCGCUGCAAUUGCUCCCAGGGAUAUGAAGGGAACCCCUAUCUUCCCAAUGGUUGUAUAGAUAUUAAUGAGUGCAUUAUUUCAAGCCCCUGCAACAUGACAUGCCAGAAUUUACCAGGCACAUACAAUUGUUCUUGUCCAGAGGGCUAUGAAGGUGAUGGCAGAAAAAAUGGAUCAGGUUGCAGUCUGAUUCCUGUUCCGAGCCAUAGGCUUCCCGUGAUUAACAUUGCAUUAGGCAUCAGCAUAAGCAUCUCAGGGCUACUUCUUGGUGGCUCCUGGGUAUAUUGGGUAUUUAGGCAGAGGAAGAUCUUCAAUCUUAGAGAGAAGUUUUUUCAACAAAAUGGUGGCUUCAUGUUAAAACAGCAACUUUCCAAAUGUGAAGGAUCGGUUCAAUCAGCUAAAAUCUUUACCUCAGAUGACCUCAAGAAGGCAACAAACAACUACGAUGAAAGUAGAGUCUUGGGCCAAGGAGGCCAAGGAACAGUCUACAAAGGAAUAUUACCAGAUAACACCAUAGUUGCCAUUAAGAAGUCCAAUGUAAUUGAUCAGAGCCAGUCCCAGAUAGAGCAAUUCAUUAAUGAGGUCAUAAUUCUCUCCCAAGUCAACCACAGGAAUGUUGUGAAGCUCCUAGGGUGUUGCUUGGAGACACAAAUUCCCUUACUUGUCUAUGAAUUUGUUACCAAUGGCACUCUCUACGAGCACAUCCACAAUAUCGACCACAACAGGUCCUUAAUAACUUGGGAGAAUCGUUUAAGAAUAGCAACCGAAACUGCAGCAGCCCUUUCAUAUUUGCACUCUGCCGCUAGUACUCCUAUCAUUCAUAGAGAUGUUAAGUCCACUAACAUACUCUUAGAUGACAAUUACGUUGCUAAAGUAUCUGAUUUUGGAGCUUCAAGGUUGAUCCCCAGAGACCGAACUCAAUUAACCACAAUGGUUCAAGGGACACUCGGUUACUUAGACCCUGAGUACUUUCACACAAGCCAAUUGACUGAAAAGAGUGAUGUUUAUAGCUUUGGGGUUGUCCUUGUGGAGUUACUAACCGGCAAGAAGGCGCUUUCUUUCAACAGGCCUGAAUUAGAGAGAAAUUUAGCAAUGUAUUUUGUGUCAUCAAUGAAAGAAGAUCGCUUGUUUGAAAUUGUUGAUGAACAGGUGAUGAAUGUAGCAAAGGCUGACCAACUAAAGGAAGUUGCUAUUUUAGCAAAGAGGUGCCUAAGAGUGAAAGGUGACGAAAGGCCAGCCAUGAAGGAAGUGGCAAUGGAGUUAGAGGGAUUAAGAAUGAUGGAGAAACAUUCAUGGGUAAAUGACAACAACGAUUUAGAAGAGACUCACUACUUGCUUGGAGAUCAACUUUCAAAUGCUUAUGGUGAUGGCAAUAAUAGAAGCAAUUCAGCAGCUUAUGAUAGCAUGGCAAACCAUAUCAUUUCCCCAACUGACGGUGGACGAUAAGGUGUUUUUUUUAUUUUUUUUUAAUAAUUGGAUGUUCGGGCUAGCUUACACGCACCUUGACUAAUCCCAUGACUCUGAAAUUAAUGACCAAACAAAUCUCCAGUGACCCCAAGGUUUAGGAUGUUUGGCCUUCGUGAGAUUCAAACUUGCGACCUCUUAGGUGGUAAGCUCUUUGGCUUCCUUCUCCUCCCACUACGCAAAACCCUUUGGCGUUGGUUGACGAUGAGGUGUUUCUUGUCGUGGUUUGUUUUUAUUAGAUGUUAUUUUGUGUGUUUCCAUGUGAGCAUCGUCAAAUAGUCCUUGUAAAUUGUUUUGAAUCUUUUGAUUAUUUAUGUUGGGAUUUUAUUUGUUGUGUUUUGCGA